AUGCCAGCAAUCGUACACAGAUUCUCCCCAGUAUCCUUGGACUCGGACAGAAAGGUGUUCAGCCACGCUGAUUUCGUGCUCGUGCAGAACGCACUGGCCGAUAACGUUGACAGGUUCGCGAAAAAAGAUGAGCCCCAGACUAAAAUCGAAAUCGCGUCCACAAUCCUGCCCAAUACCGAGUACCAAGACCAGAAAAGCGGCCAACCGGGCGAUAACUCGAUCCCUACUAGGGACUCCGACGAGGAGCUCGACGAGCAAGAGGCAAGAGCUGGAGCGUUUAUGGGAACCGUGGCGGAUUCUGAACUAUCUCGCACCACAGCCAUGGAUGCGGCACAGCACGGAGCCGCCGGCUUCGACGCAAACAGGAUAAGUCCGAAAUUAGAGACCAAGCUCGAGAACGGCAUCACUGCGUAUGGCGACGAGCCGAUAGUGAAAGCGUUUGCCGCAGCGGUUAACAAGCACCCUGGAGUCUGGAUGGAAAAGAACGACUUCGUGCAGGUACCGCUGGAGCGUCAGAUGACUAUCCCAUUAAAGGAUGGUUGGGAGCGCGAUACCAAGCUCUCCACCAAACUCUACCUGAUGGCUGACAAAAUUGGGGAGUUGAAGCUGUUAUCCGGAUGCAUCUGUUUGUAA